GCUCACCCCAUUCCCGGGGGUCCCGCAGGGGUCUGCGCCCUGGGGAACUGCCUGUACGCCAUGGGCGGCUACGACGGCGCGCAGCAGCUGAGCAGCGCCGAGCGCUUCCAGGCCGACACCGAGACCUGGAGCUUCGUGGCACCCAUGGGACACCGCCGGAGCGCCCUGGGCGUCACCGCCUUCCGGGGCAGGAUCUACGUCCUGGGGGGCUACGACGGUCACUCAUUCCUGGAGUCGGUGGAGUGCUACGACCCCGAUGCCGACGCCUGGACCGAGGUGACGCCGAUGCCGUCGGGGCGCAGCGGGCUGGGGGUGGCCGUCACCAUGGAGCCCUGUCACCCCCAGCCCCCCCAGGAGGAGGAGGAGACCCCCCCCAGCGAGCCCUGCUGACCCCGGCGCCGCCGGGAGGGGGACGGGGAGGUGGGGAGGGGGCUGCUCCCCCCCACCCACCAUCCCCCGGUUCAUCCCCCACCGGCGGCAGAUCGAGGAUUUUAGGGGGGGUGGGGUCACCCAGACCCCCUCCCCACCCACCCAAAAAGCAUCACAGGACUUUUUCUGCGUCCCCCUCCCCAAUUUCCCCACCUCUAGCCCGGAUUUUGGGGCGAGCCCGGGCUGGUUCUGACCAUUCCCAGAUGCUGUUGGUGCAAGAAUAAAGUGAUUUCUGAUUUAA